UACAGAAAUGGCGCCUGUGUUCAAGUCGUAGUCGGCGGUUGGGGAAUUUGUUAGCUAGCCACCUUAAUCACACCCGAGUGUACGGAGUGGCUAUUUAUUGCAUAGUUAUUCGUCACGGACAAAAAGGUGAAAGAGGAUUAUGCAAAGACAGGUGCAGUUUACGACGGAUUUGAUAUAUUCGCGACUGUGAUCACCGUACAGUGAGCAUGCGUGACCUGGUAGCUCAAGUCACUAGCAGUUUGCUGCGCUUCCCUGAGGUGACAGUUGAGGCUCUGGGUGAGGAUGAGGUUACGCUGGACUCGGUCCUGCAUGGGAGAUUCACCACUGGCCGAGGUGGGCUGGCCUGGCUCUCCUGCGGGCCCCAGCUGGAGGUGGUUCACGCAGUGACGGGGGAGCGGCUCUCUGCCUAUCGCUUCACGGGGAUGGCUGAGCAUCCUCCUACUGUCCUGGCAGUGCGGGACUUCAGCUGGCUGAAACGCUGCGGUCUGCUCGUGGGCCUGGAGGAAGAGGAGGGGAGCAUGCUGUGUCUGUACGACCUGGGAAUCUCCCGUGUGGUCAAGGCCGUCGUCAUUCCAGGCAGAAUCACAGGCAUUGAGCCUCUGGUGAGUUACGGAGGAGCCAGCGCCAGCACCCAGCACCUGCACCAGAGCUUGCGCUGGUUCUUUGGUGUGGCUGCUGUGGUAACGGACAUCGGCCACGUUCUGUUGGUGGAUCUGUGCCUGGAUGAUCUGUCCUGCACUCAGACUGAGCUAGAGGCCUCAGAUCUUGAGGUGGUGAAUAAGUCUCCAUCAGAGAUCCCUCGUCUGCGGGAGGGCGUGACGCAGCAGGGCCGGCACCUGUGUCUCCAGCUCAGUAGUCCGUCAGGCACCGCAGCAACCAGUCUGCAGUACGUCCCGCGAACCAACCAUCUCGCUGUGGGCUUUUCUGAUGGCUAUUUGCAGCUCUGGAACAUGAAAACACUCAAGAAAGAAUAUCACUCACAGCUAGAGGGCGGAAGAGUGCCUGUAUAUGCCUUCACCUUCCAGGAGCCAGAGAAUGACCCCAGAAACUGCUGCUAUCUGUGGGCUGUGCAGUCUGCACAAGACCAUGAAGGAGACAUAGUCAGCCUUCAUCUACUGCAGCUGGCAUUCGGAGAGAGGAAAUGUUUGGCUUCGGGAAAGAUUCUGUAUGAGGGGCUGGAGUAUUGCGAGGAGCGCUAUAGCCAGGAUCUGAACGGCACCGUAUAUCCACUACGAGCCCAUGCCACCAACACACGCCUGCUGAGCUGUCAGACCAUCGAGAAGUACCGCCAGCACCCAGACAGAGAGGACAGCAUGAGCGAAGUGGCAUCACCUGACACAAGUGUGUCAAUAUUCAGUUGGCAAGUUAAAUCCUACGGACAAGGCCAGCCUUCUACCUUCAUCGGCAUCUUCGACAUUAAUCGAUGGUACCAUGCCCAAAUGCCUGACUCGCUGAGGGCGGGCGAGUCCCUACGGAACUGUCCAUACCUGGCGGUGUGGUCCCUGGACUCUGUGGUGGAGAUGACGGCGCCCUGCCCCCUCCUGGACGUGGUGGUGCAUGACCGUAGCCUGAGCAGAGGCCUGGCCUACACGUGCCCUCCACCAGAGCAGUUCUUUAGCCCCACCACUUACAACUUUGAUGCAAGCUGUCUGCUUAACUCUGGAAUUGUGCACUUAACCUGUGCUGGGUAUCAGAAAGAGACUCUGGGCUACUUGAAGAAGUCCGUGCCAAGCUUGAGCGACGGCAUCUCCAGCGGAUACUCGCGUUGUCUCAUGUCGGGCCUGCUCUCCUCGCGCUUAGCGGACGUGCAGCCCUCUAGUCUUUCUCAGGAGGAACAGUUGGACGCCAUCCUGAUGGCUGCAGUGGAGACGAGCUCUCUGGGAAUGAUCACUGGCUGCAUUAAGCAGUGGACCACUGACGAGCUGCCCGGCUCUGCAGGGAACCUGCGCUACAUCCUGGAGUGGGCCUGGGACAGGGUGGUGCGCACCAAGGAGGAGCUUGAUCGCAUCUGCGCACCACUGUUUGACAGCUCCUCCAACUUCACGGACCCACAGACACUGCAGCUGCUUCAGCAUAGCCAGCGGUUACUCUGCAACAUCAGCACCAUCUUCCACUGCAUGCUCAACGAGGCCCAGGAGCUCACGCAAAGAGGUUUGGUGGACCUGAUGAACAAAAGCCUGGUGUCCAGUCUGAUCUCCCAGUACGCUCAGGUGGUGCUGUGGUUCUGCCGCACUGGACUUCUCCCCGAGGUCUCGGAUGAUGUCCUGCAAAUAUCGAGGCCCUUUUAUAGUUUUUCUGUGAUUAAAAAUUACUACAUAGGCCAACGGGAAGAACUGAAAAGACUUGCAAAGGAGAAAUGGUGUGCAGACUGUCUCAUGAUUGACGGGCUGGUGACCCAGUGUGGGGAACGUCUUGCAGACCUUUGGAAAAGGGACGAGGGUGGGACGGGGCAGUACCCACCCCCAUCUCUUCACGCCUUGCUGGACUUGUAUCUCCUGGAAAAUGUUGAUGAAUCUGCCAAACAUGCAAUUGUUAUUUAUUUGCUGCUGGACGUCAUGUACUCCUUUCCUAAUAAGAGCGGUGCAUCUGUGGAGUCUUUCCCUACCGCCUUCGCCAUUCCUGUUGGCUUGGUGAAACUUGUACAAGGCCUGUGGUUACUAGAUCACCAUGACCACGAGAGCUCUCUGGAGCUUUUGCUCCACCCUACCACCAGUCACUCUCUGUGGCCAUGGCAACAUGGGCGUGUCCUGCAGGCAUUGAUGUGUCAAGGCAAGCACAACAUAGCACUGCGUUACCUGCAUGUGAUGAAGCCUUCCAUGAGCUCCACCAACCAAGCCAAGCUCUGCCUCUCCGUGCUCCUCCACAACAGGUGUAUAGUGGAGGGCUUGGCUCUGCUGAGGCAGCAUGCUAAUAAGCUGAAUGUGGAAGAACUGAUGCAGUUUCUCUAUGAGACAUGCCAGGAUCUGGACCUAAUGAAGGAGCUGCUCAGACUGCCGCUUGGCCCCUCGGAGCAGGAGUGCUUGGAGCGGUUCUUGCAGGGCACAGGAGGAUUUCAGAACAGAGAGCUCCUCAUGGUGCACUAUCUCCAGCAGGCCAACUAUGUCCCUGCUCUCCAGAUCAACCAGACCCUCAAAAUGAACCAGGCAGCUGAUCGAGAUCCUAAGAUGAAGGAGAGAUCGAACACCAGGAACUCCAUCCUGAGCCAGUAUGGGAAAGUUCUGCCCAGAGCACAGAGAAAGCUAGCCAUCGAGCGGGCAAAGCCGUACCACCACACCACCAUCCUCAGAGAAGUCACAAGGCCUCAGCCCUUAUCGACCGUGGCUAAACGAUCUGCUACUGAAACUGUUCUGACCAGAGCGGCCUUUAUCAAAAGUGUCCUCUCGAAGAUUGAGGAAGUUUGGGUUGGCAAGGACUCGCCAUCUGAAUCGUCCUCUCUGAGAAGCCCUAGAGAACUGGAGUUGUCGGAGGGUGGUCCACAUCCUCCCACCCUUCACGUACCGGAGGCCUUUAUCGGAACACCAAUCAACAUGUUAACCAGUAGGGUGUCGAGGCUUCUUGAUCUGGUGGUGCAGCCCUCUUUGCAAACAUCUCCAGAGAUUCAUACACAGGGGACCUCACAUAGACCCAUCACUGCAUGGGCUUCCCCCAAGGGUAUUACAAAGGCUCCUGAGCUCAGUCUGCUGCAGACGCCACAAGUAGUCAAGAGGGCCCGAGCGCUGGCUUCAUCGGGUCCAGUAUUCACUUCCUUCACCCCCCAGUCCAUCCUGAGGAGCAGUCUCCGCCCCACUCCUGUGGCCACACCUUCUGUCUCACCUGGUCGAUCUGUCACGCCUCCACUACGCCCCAAGGAGAGCCGCAUCACCUUCAUCGAGGAGACUGGUUCCCCGGACCUGCACAAGAGCUCUGUCCACUGGAGCAAUGGGCUUGCUGCAAGUAGUGAAAUUACACCACUAAAGAGGCCCCCCCGACCACCAGAGGGAGGCUUUAAGGCAUGGAGCGAACAUGCCGGAGAAGAGCCCAGUCUGACUUUAAUGCCUUCCUUAAAAGAGAAAGGGAAACCAGAAAAGACAGGCUCUCAGGGUAGCUUCUUUCUUGGAGAGAUCCUGGCAGAGGAGCCAAAACAGAUCUUGCCCACACUGCUUCACAGGCACAGUCUGGGGCAUGAAACAAGUGCAGGCUCCAUUAAUUCAGAUACAACUCUUGAGUUCCACAAUGCUCUUUCUCCUGGAGACCUUGUGAGACAGGCGCUGGAGCUAUCCGCGGAAAACAGUGUGGAUGCAGAAGUGAUUGUUGGACUGCCGCGCACUGCAGAGUCAGCCAAGCCCUCAGCUGAUGGUGCUACAGAGGAACUACCUGCUGCUUCUCACCCUGCAGAAGAGCAAGAACCCAUCGCAGAUGAGAAAAUGAACAGUGAGGAGGAAUGCACUGGUAAGGCUCAUGAACACAGCCCUGAGGUUGAAAGGCAGAUGCAUACAAAUGAAGAUGAAUUACAACUAGACAAGGACAUUACUCUGGAAGAAGGCCAUGAACAGCAUAUGGCUGAAGAAUUUGUGCCCUUACUUCAAGUGGAGGAAUCUGAUUCUCCAUCUGUGGCAGCAGUGGUGCUAAAUCAUAACCCUGAAGUAAUCGCAGUAUCAACUCAUGACCAGGCAAAGAAAAAGAAACUGGAACUGGCUAAGGAAGUAGAGCUAGCAGCACUAGAAUCAAUCGCUAAGGAGCCAAUCGCUGAACCGUCAGAGGAGCCUAAUCCUGCACCAGCACAAGCUGUCACUGAAGCCUCCAUCAGGAAUGAGAGCUCUCCAGAACGGGCACCCAAAGAGUUGAAAUCCACAUCACAGGAACCAAACAGGGAACCCACAAUCAUGCCUGAAGAACCAAUCAGUGAGUCUCCUGCCACAGACUUGGGCAACCAUGAACCUAGAGAUGAUGGCACCCACCAUGACAUUGCAGAGACACCACAGACUUCUGAGGAGCUAAAGCAUGAACUGGAGACAUCAGAUCUGGAUGACUUUGUGGAGCGCCAUUUAUUUGAUAAUGAUCUGUCCCCACCACUUACCCGUUCUGGCAUUAAAGAGCAAUCAGAAAUCUGGGCCUCCUUUAACAGGAAUUCAGUUUGUGAGUCCGAGCCAGUGGCUGUGGAUGCACCUGCUCCGGACACGCACACAUCAGUCACCUCCUCGGAAGCUGCGACCUCAGAGUCUCACUCUGUAGUCAGCCUAAACAGUGAAGAGCUCUCCAGUUCUGAGUCUGAUGAGUCUGGUGCAGAGGAAAAUGAAGAGGAGGAAGACUCUGGUAGUGAAGUGGAGAUUAUAGAGGAAGUCGAAGGUAACAGCCGGCAGCAGCUCCCACCUACACCUGUCCUUUAUCUCCAAGAUCUGCCACAUGACGAGCAGUACCUCCAAGAGCAGAGUGCAGCUGUGCUGUCCCUGGUCGCCCCUCAUACACAGCUAAAGGUGAUGGAUGGUGUUGUGGAAGAGGAGGAGGGAGAGGUAGUAGUGGUGGGAUUGGAACCUGCAAACCUGGGUGAAGAAGCAGAUGGGCCUGUGUGCUACACUGAACUUAAGCCCUCCACCACACUGCUUGUUCCUCUUGAGCUAGCUGGUGACCAUCAAGAGCUUCUGGCUGGAGGAGCAUUGCAGGCUCUUGGGGGCAAGCUAGAGGAAGCACUGCCUGGUAGCUGCAAUACCUUCUCUCUCAUGCUGGAUGCAGAUGGUGGUGGUGGUGGUGGUGAUGAUGAUGAAGAAGAAGAAGAACCAGUUGCUUCAGAACCGAACCCUGAACACCCUUUAAUUCACCAGAACACUAAACAGCCUGAAGAUGUGGAAAGCCCACCAGUGGCUAAAACAGAUGUACCCUCCUUAGAGCCUGUGGGACAAGUUCCUGAUGACCAGCUGAUGGAGGAAUUACCAUCAGCAAAGUUUGAGGAUGUGUCUUUGGGUGUACCAUGUGCUGCCAAUGCUGACAAACCAGCUAAGGGCCCUCAUCCUGAGGAGAGACAGCCUGAGCAGAUGAAAGUGGAUCAACUGCACACGACCGCAUUUGAGCCUCCUGUUGAAAGGGUGCCCUGUGUGCAUCUGGACGACAGACGUGAGGAGGCAGACUCUUCAGCGCCUUUGUCUCACAAGGAAGUGGUUGACGAAAGAAAAGCGGCAGGAGAGACUCUUUACAAAAGCCCCAUGCCUCACAGAGAGGUUAAGCUUGAAGAUGGUGACCUUCCCAAAGCAAAUAAAGAUGUGGUUUUUGUGGCUGAAGACCUAGUGUCUGCUGCUAGUACAGUUCAAAGUUCAGCAUCCUGGGAUGCAGAAUUUAAAUCUUUUAAAACCUCAAAGGCUUGUGAGUCCCCCUCAAAAGAUGCGUUGUCAAACGCUGAAACAAAUAAGGAAGAAACUGUCGCCAAGGUCAAACAAACAGAGCUGGUAGAUUCCAUGGUUCCUUCUACACCAAGACGUGUCACAAGGAGCAGGAUGCAGCUGCAGGACUCUCAAGUCCCUGUUACCCCCAGGAGAAGUGCCCGAAAGGUUGAUCUUGAAUUGCAAAAUGAGGAGGAGAUCCUCUCAACCAAAGCCUCCAAGCCCUCAGCUUCAGCACGCAGGACUCCACAGAAAGCCACUCGAAGGAAGAGCUCUCUCAGAUCCAGGACCACAAAUGUGGCCGGUGAAGUCCAGCCAGUGGAGGCAUUGCUCAUCAAUGAUAUGAUUAUGCCACAGACCAGACAGAGUGCAAGGAAAAAGCCCAGGGUCUCUAACUCUCCAGAUUCUGAGGCUCCUGUGGAUGGAGAUGCAGUGCCACUAGCUGGACCUCCUCCAAGUCCCAGCAGGGUGACACGCAAGUCUCGCAGAGGGUUUAGCUUGGCACUUGAAAGUUUCCAGCAGGAAGCAGUGGAGGGCACAGUUGUUCUGCAGCCACCUGUAGCUACCCCAACAAGGAACAAGAGGAAGACCAGAGGUAGCACAGUGGAAAAAGCUAACAUCACCUUGGUGGUUGACGAUGCUCAGCUACAGAAUGUUUCAAGACGACUCACCCGGAGCCAGCUCUGGAACCAUGAGAAGGAGCCUGAGAGAGAACCGACACCCGUUUUGGGCACACCUCUGCACACAGAGUCUGUGAAUCCAUUGGCUAAUGCCUUGAUGGAGAGGCUGAAACAUGAGGGAGCCAAAAAAGAAAGCAUUGCUGCUGUUACAGAAAUAGCCCGUGCCAAGAGGAGAACUACCAAAUCUGCAGUAUCCUCUGCAGAAAGUAACAGUCAGAAUGUAGGUGUUGAGGGGUCACAGGAGCUGGAAUCUACUGAAAUUCAGGGGACCAUGAAGAGGUCAACUGCAUCUGUUAGACGAACACGGGCGAGCAAGGUGCACAAACCUGACAUCUCCCUUGAUGGGGACUCCUUAGUUUUUUCAUCCAGUCUGCAAAGAACAAAAGGAAGGAAAAAGGAAUCUACUGUUAAGGUGGACAGUGCUGUUUUGGAUGCAUUAUCACCACCUGUCACACGAACAAGACAUGCAGCUUCUGUUACUGACCGCGUGGAGGACAAGAUUCCACCAGAUGUUGCAACAGAAGUUGAAAAGAUCAAAAUGAGAAAGAGAGCCACCCGGACAAAAGUAUCGUCUAAACCUGCACCACCCAUAGAGAUUGAUCUCCUGUCCCCAUUGGCCAGUCCUGCUGAGGCAGUCACAAGGACUCUAAAGAGGGAAGAGGAGAAGGACGUGCCCACCCUUAAGAUGAACCUCAGGCGCAAACGUGUGAUGGAGGGCAUUUUCCCCAGACCAGUUACACGAAGGAAGAAGCUCUGACAUGGACCGUCCAUAUAAUUUCUAAUCUCUUUGGUUGGACUCAAGUAGAGGAGUUUGCUAGUCUCUGAUUUCAUGAUUUUUGGCUAUACCAUACAUAUAUUUUUCCCCCCCCUUUCCUUUUAUCAAUAUUUUGCUGCCUGCUGUUUUCUAAUUAAGGUAACAAAUAAUAGAAAAUGUUUUGGAAAAUAAAGAUAAUUUGGGAGAUGGAAAUAAUUUUAUAUAAAUUAUGUUUACAGUAUGGAGCACUGAGGGACUUGAAAACCAAAAAGAUGUCUUAGUUUUUAAAUGUGCAUUUCUACCAGUUCACACAAAUGUAAAUAGUCUUUUAGGUAUGUUAAAUAAAAUUUGAUACUUGUGA